AUGCCAGUGAAUUUCCAACCUGUGACACCAAUGACGGGCACUUCCCCAGCGCUAGUGGCUUCAGCCGAGGCGUUGACUCGUUUAACUUCCGGGGAUGAAAAGCUGCUAAGUAACAAACAUCAAACAAGCUUUUCAAGUUUUGAAGACUUUUCUGUAGGAAAUGAGACUCAGAGAGCAUCACCUUCACUUGCAGUCAGACCAUCGGCGCCCAUUGUGAGAUAAUUAGUUGUUACCACACCAAAUCUUCCUACCACCACUUGGCAGUUCUCUUCUAGCACGAUUUCAGAAAGUGUAGCCCUAGUUACUUCCAUUUAUGAUGUGUUUAGCAGUCAUGGACAAGAACACGUAGGGGACUUCAACAGGCACAGUACAAGCCCAAUGGAGAUACCCAAGCAAAGAGAGACAAAGAACAAAAGCAAUCGCUGUUUUUUUAGUAUGCAAUUUGAGACCGGUUUUCGAGAAGAUCAAACUUGA